CUCAAACAUAACAAAAACAAAUCUACUUCUCCAGCAUCUCGAGUUUAAUCGAUCAAGUUCACGAGAUCACUUAUCGACCUACCCAGGAAGUUUUCGACACCACAGCGAACCUAUUCUCAACCACGCAACAUUAGCAAACAUCGUCAAAGAUGCCUCUCACCGCCAGCGACAUCUGCAAGAUCAUCUUCGCCAUCAUUCUUCCGCCGCUUGGUGUCUUCCUCGAGCGCGGGUGCAACGCGGACUUCUUCAUUAACAUCCUGCUCACCAUCCUCGGCUACCUUCCUGGUAUCGUCCACGCCUUGUAUAUCAUCUGCAAAUACUAGAACAUAGCCCCCCCCCCAUUACCUCGCAC